GGAGGAGGAGGAGGAGGAAGGUGAUCGCUCGCCCGCUCGCUCCCGCCGCCGCUCCGGCAUGAGCGCGGCUUUCCAGCCCUCGCUGAUGAUGAUGCAGCGCCCGCUGGGAAGCAGCACGGCCUUCAGCAUCGACUCGCUCAUCGGCAGCCCCCCGCCGCCCGCCCCCGGCCACUUCGUCUACACCGGCUACCCCAUGUUCAUGCCCUACCGGCCCGUGGUGCUGCCGCCGCCGCCGCCGCCGCCGCCGGCGCUGCCGCAGGGCGCUCUGCAGCCCGCGCUGCCCCCCGCGCACCCCCACCACCACCAGCUGCCCAGCCUGCCCACCGGCUUCUGCUCCAGCCUGGCCCAGGGCAUGGCCCUCACCUCCACCCUCAUGGCCACGCUGCCCGGCACCUUCCCCGCCUCCCCGCAGCACCAGGAGGCCGCCAGGAAGUUCGCACCCCCGGGGAACUUCGAGAAAGCCGAAGGGAUACCCCCGGACGGCGGCGGCGACGAUGGCAAAGCCUUCCUGGGGAAGGACGGAGCCCUCCUGCCCUUCCCCGCCGCCGACGCCGUCCAGGCUUCCCUCGCCGGGGCUCUCCGGGGCCAGGGCAAGGAGGACCCCAAAGCAGAAGAGGAUGCGAAAGGCAAGGAGGAAAGUUUCUCCAUGGACAGCGAUCUAGACUAUAGCUCGGACGACAACAUCACCGGCCAGGCGGCUCACAAGGAAGAGGACUCUGGCAACGUGCUGGAGGAAAACACCCAGAACCCCCCCAAUUCCACCAACACCACAUCCACGGGCAAAAACCGGCGGAGGCGAACAGCCUUCACCAGCGAGCAGCUGCUGGAGCUGGAAAAGGAGUUUCACUGCAAAAAGUACCUGUCCCUGACGGAGAGGUCCCAGAUCGCUCACGCCCUCAAACUCAGCGAGGUGCAGGUGAAAAUCUGGUUCCAGAACAGACGGGCAAAAUGGAAACGGGUCAAGGCGGGCAAUGCCAACUCCAAGACAGGGGAACCUUCCCGAAACCCUAAGAUCGUGGUCCCCAUCCCGGUGCACGUCAGCAGGUUUGCGAUCAGGAGUCAGCAUCAGCAACUGGAGCAAGCCCGACCCUGAUCUCUCCCUACACUCAGAGCCACGAGUUUUUAAGGGAAAAGUUUCCAAAUCGGGGUUUAAAAGCAGCCCACCCGAACAAAAAUAAAAAUAAGAGAAGCAAAAAAAAAAAAUAAAAAAUCAAACCCUUAAAUAAACAAAAAAACCAGCCAACAAGAAAAAAACCCCAGGCGAGCGCUUGGCAAAUCCUUGCCACGAGCGAAUUAUAAAGCGAAACUUUCCACUUACCGAGUCCAGCGAGAGUCUGCGAGGGAAGGAGGCUUGGAAACUGCUUUGGUUCGGAGCAGGAAUAUCAAACGCCGGAAGAGACACACACACACAGAUAUUUAUUAUCCCGCUGCCUCGCUCUGGACCCGCUCACGCUGCCUCGGCUGCGGCUGGGACCGUGGAUGUGGUGUGGUGUCGGCGCUGGAUCCCCCUCGCCAGAGCAUCCCCAGCGAAACCCGCAGCGGCUUUAGCCAUCUUUUGGGUUGUCUUUCUUAUCGGGGGCGAAAGGUAAAAAAUACAAAAGACAAGAGAACAAAACAAACAAACAAAACACAACAAAAAAAAAAAAACACGGAAAGAAAACUAAGAGUUUCAUUUCAUGCCUUUUUUAUUGUUUAGUUUUGUUGCCGAUGGCUGAGUGGCAGGCACUGGGGGACGAGUUUUGAAAUCUAUUUUUUGCCUGGCUUUCUGUCGAUUUGGUUUGCCUAUUCUACCAAGCCAUGUUUAAAAGAAAGAGAGAGAGAGAAAGAGAGGGAGGGGGGAUAAAAAAGGAAAAAAAAAAAAAAAAAA